CCUGUCAUCUGUCCAUUAUGUGUCCACCAUGGGUGUGAUACCAAGUUCAGAGAUGCAGUUUGGCACUAUGACAUGAAGCAGCACCUCAGUUUCUUCCAUCCAGAGUACACUCAUCCUGGAAAGGUGAUGGGUCACCAUUUACCCUGCCAUGUCUUUGACAUCUUAUACAUCACACCCACUGAGGAGAAGAAAGCUGGUGUUCCUGCUCACCCUGCUUUUACACUCAUUGCUGAGAAGGAGAACUACAGGGAUUCAGCAGUUUCCACUGGGCAGAAGAGGAAGGGCAGCAGCACAAGGGCAGUCACCACUGGGGGUAGCUGUUUGUCUGGAGGCCAAUGAGCUCACACAUAGUUUUGUCUCUCUUUUUUCCCCACUGCCAUUACACUCACUUGAUGCUCAAAAAAACUGUACUGUCAUUCAUGUGAUGCUUUAGAAUCAUUUCAAGUACUUUUGUUGUCACAUUGUGUUCACAUCUGAUGCAAAAUCCAACUUGUCAUUUGUAG